CUCUAGCCGGAAAAUCUCACAGACCAGACCACAAAACUAGGUUACUGUUGCAAAGAAGGAUUAGUUGAUUGACAAAGAGGGAUGGCACUGGUAUCAGGAGGAAGAUCUACAUUGAACCCUAAUGCCCCUCUCUUCAUUCCUGCUGCUUUCCGCCAAGUGGAGGAUUUCUCACCUGAGUGGUGGAAACUGGUGAAGACUUCAACAUGGUUUCGUGACUACUGGCUGAGCCAACAUCAGGAUGACGAGAAUUUUGAAGUCAAUGAUGGUGCUGAUGAUGAUGUUUUGAAUUUACUGCCAGAGACAUUUGACCUUGGCAUUGAUGAAGAAUCCCUUGAUUUGGAAGUUCAGAUGGAGGAACUGAUCCAGCUUUCUGAAACCAAAGAAGGAACUGAAUCAGCCUCCACAGUUUCAAAAACUGGAAGGAAGCCCGUCAAUGUGCAUGCAGGACUCAAACUGGAGACUGAAGCAUUGAUGAAGAACCUCAACUUGGGCAAUUCUCCAAAGGGGAAAAGUCCCAAGACUCCAGUGGGGCCUGCAAAAUACCACGAGAAGGCAGCACAGUGCAUGAGCCCCAAAUAUGGCCCCCGACGCAUUAACCAGCCUCGUUGAGAAGAGAUUGUGAGAACUCGUCCAUGACUGCCAGCUGCACUGACUAGAGAGAGUAGUGUAGUCUCCUAUCUGAGCUGCUUCUGUAUAUAACAAGGAUGCAGCUCUUUGUAUCCCUAGUUGUUUGUGAUCAUGUUUAUCCUUCCGGGUGGUCGAAACUUCACUAGAACUGUGUAAAUCAAGAAAUCAAGGUGUUUAAAGUUUGCAGGUUUGAUGUUGUUUUCGAAAGUUGAGAGACUCUGUUAUAGUAAGAACUAUUUAGUAUAUAAUAACAAAACAUCAUAUGCAGGGGCUCUUAUAGAUUC